ACUUUGCAAAAUCAGAAUAUGAAGAAGCUCUUGAUUUCAAACACGAUAAAGAGAUAACGGUGGCAAGAGGAGAGUGCAUCAAAGCAUCUUUUAAAUCAAAUUAUGAACCAAAUCAUGUGUGUUUCCAAAAAAUGGUGGGACACAAUUAUCCGUUUUGUACUCUAUCAUUAGUAUCAUGUACUUGGCCAGAAAACAAAUUAAGGAGACUUUAUCCACCUGACGAAAAAUUGAAAGAUACAAUAACAGAGAACUGUAAUGUUAAUGACAGCCAUGGACCAGUCGAAUUUACGUUCGAAUUAAAGGGACGUAUUAAAACAGGUGCAGCUGCAGAAGGAUACCUUACAUUUAAAGACGUAACCGACGACGUUGAAGGACAAUAUGUAUACUUAAUGCAGAUAAAACACGAGAAACGUUUGACUGGUGUGCUACCAAAUAUAAAACACACAUUUUUUGGAAAAACGUGCAUUCAACUCUCAAAUCCCGUUUACAGGAGCGACGUCGACAAGAAACAGUUCAUCAGUCCAAUUGGAAUUGUCCUUAGUGAUCAAGUGUAUGCAUUUGCGCUAAAAAUGGAAAAAGAAAAAAAAGAAGAACAAAGAGAAGAUAUAACAAUUUUACGCUAUAUUACGUGUGCAGGAAAAUUUCAUUCUGAAGACAACAAGAUUACUAUUAGAUGGAACGAUUUUUCCAAAGUUUUACUUAAACCAGAAGAAGAGUUGUUGAGCUUCGUUGCACUACCAGGUCGGUAUCAUUCGUAUAUCUUCCUUGGAUUUAUAAAUGUAUCUAAAGACAGACGAUUGCUAGGGAAGGUGUUUUCUUUCCUGCCAGACGGAAGCUUUGAUUUAAUUAACAACAUCGUUGAGACAUUAGAAUCCAAGGGACCUGUUGAGAUUUUAAAAUUUGAUCCUCAUAGCGGUAAAAAGCUAUCAAAUGGACGAAUUAUCGUCGGUGGCUGGAUAAAGCGUGGAUAUCAGAAGGGGAAAAGAAUAGAUGAAUUAAAGUUUACUGGCUCUACGUCUUCUAGCGGUAAACUUGACGAUGUUGAAAACCAAGCACAUGGAUAUCAGAAGGGGAAAAGAAUAGAUGAAUUAAAGUUUACUGGCUCUACGUCUUCUAGCGGUAAACUCGACGAUGUUGAAAACCAAGCAUAUGAAUAUGAACCGUUUAUCAUGUGGACAGAUGACGAAAUUCAUUGGAAUUUAGGAGAAAAUCUGAAGAUUGAAGAAGCUGAGAAAAAUAUGCGGAUACAGGUGACAGAAAUAGGCAAUGGAAAAAGAAUAGUUGUGAUUAUAUCAUCUUUAGAUUCCGAAAAGGUCUUAUACAAAGGGCAAAGUAAUGAUUAUUGCACAACGUUCACAAACAUUACUAAA